CUCCCCUCUGAACUAUUCCAUUUGGUUAUCUUUCUUUCUGAUAAUCAAUCUGCUCCUCAGUAGUAAAGAUUAAAGACUAAUGUCUUCUCCUACUCUCAUAACUCCCAGUAGCAAACCAAAAUUACUUGCAGGUUUCAGACCCAAAUCCACCUCCAUCACCACCACCACCACCACUACUAGCAUCACUUCCGAUGCCUCUACAUCGAUUCGGCAAAAGGGUCGGCGAGAAUUUAUCACCUUGAUAGCCGGAAUCCUCUCACCGGCAUUGAUUUUUCAGGUUUUGCCGGCCUCAGCAGCUUCGGAUGAAGAGUAUGUGAAGGAAGCAGAGGAGGUGAUCAACAAGGUUCGGAGCACCAUUAACAUAGAUAAAAAUGACCCAAAUGUAGCUGCUGCGGUUGCUGAGCUGCGAGAGACAUCAAAUUCAUGGGUAGCUAAGUACAGGAGAGAGAAAGCAUUGUUGGGUCGGGCUUCAUUCAGAGAUAUCUACUCUGCACUCAAUGCAGUCUCUGGGCAUUAUAUUAGUUUUGGACCUUCUGCUCCCAUUCCUGCUAAGCGCAAGGCAAGGAUCUUAGAAGAGAUGGAGUCUGCAGAGAAAUCCCUACUCAGAGGUAGAUAAAUUAAAAAAAAAAAGGGUUUUCAAUUCAUGGAGAGAACCCAAUUUUUUUUUUUCUUUUUCUUCUGAAAUCUCUCCUUUUUGCUACUAAUUCUUAUGUUUUCUAGAACUGAGAAUAUAAAAACCAUGUUCGAAUGUGAAUUACAGUUUCAGUGAGGACUAUGGAGAGAUC